AACAAAACGUCAGAUUGAGCUCUCCUCCUCCAUUCUGAAAAAUGUUUGAGUAUCCACGUCAAGAUCGCCAUCUCGAUCCACAUGGCAUCCACUUGCACUGGAACGGGGCAGAAACACAUGUCAGGCGACACUUGCAACCCGCCAGUUGUGGAGCAUCCGAUGGCCUCCGUCCUGCGUCCGCUGUCCAAUGAGCCCGACGACUCCUUUGUCCAUGCAUAAUCGCUGAUAAAUGUGGCUUUCGGUGCUGCAAAAAUGAUUUGUUGAUAAUUAAUGCAGUCGCCUUGGGUGGGGGCAACAAAAAAUGGGGGACAAACUGCCCGAAACCCGUUUGCCGCAUGCCGCAUGCCGCAAAAGAAAAAAUCGUAUAUAUAAGAACAGCAGCCAGCAAUUUGUGCCAAAGUCGUUGUUGUUGUUGAUGUUGCAAUCAGGCCUUAAAGGCAAUCAACGCACAGUAAUUCAUGCCGCCUGACAGCAGCAGCUCCAUUCUCCAGACUCCAUCUCCAGAUCCCAUUCAGAUCCCAGUUCCCAUUCCAAUCCGAAAUGAACCAAGUGAAAAUUGUUUCCUACAAUUUUUCUGCGCCUGCGUCACGCAGCUAAUUGCAAAGAGUGGAUGGGGGGUUGGUGAGGUGGGAGGUGGGGCCAACAUGAUCGCAAUUAAUGGGGCCAAAGUUAGUCGGCUGCCUAAUCGUGGUCACCUGAUCAAUUUAGCACGCAAUGUAAUGGGCAAGGCAAAAAAUUAAUGAGCAAAGGGGAAGAGCGGGACGAAACAGAAAUUGCAAAACAAAAACUAGAAAACAAAUUUUAAGGACUCCAUAAUAUUAGGUAGAAUAGGUAUAUUACGUAGAACUUCUUAAUUUCACUGCAAUUAAUAGGUGUUCUCAAAUUAAGUGACUAAUUUGAUGAAUUUUGUGGGGAGCUAGCAAACAAGUUGUAGCUUAAAACGAUUAUUAAGGCACUCUAACUGUUUUUUAAAAAUAAAUUAUUUAGUUUGUAAUUGGUUACCCAAAACAAUGUAAUUCAAAACUUUAACCUGUUUGCGUAUUACUCUGCAGCCCUGGAAAAGUUAUUAGAAAUUUCAAUUAGGCAGCCCUGGUAGCGUCUAAUUUACGUAUGUAUGCGUUUCAUUUGUAACUGUUUUCAACGUUAUUCGAUUUAAUUUUGCAAUUUCGAACAUGAAUGUGGACAAAGCCAGAGACGAGACGUUUGAGAUGUCCGAGCAGGUGUGGAAGGAUGCGGAGCAGUGGCAAAGAGGUAUCCACAAUGGUCAAGCGAUCAUGAGGCAGAUCAGGGCCAUAUAUCUUAAGCUCUUCACGGCGGAGAAUAAGCUGAACAACGCGGACUCGCGUAAGGGGCUCCAGUCCACAGAGAAACGGUUGAACCACUUGUACCAACGCCUCCAACGUCCGCUCGCCACGAUAGGCAACAUUUUGAAAGCCCUGACCGGGAUCAGGGACAACACUGCCAGGAUGUUGAACCGCUUGACCCUAUUCAUGGACGAUGAAACACUGGCGAAGCACAGGAUACGGCCCAAGCUCGAGAGUUCCAAGCUCCUGAUGAUGCUGCAGUUCCUAAGCCACCGUUACGAUACCGAAUGGGAGGUCAAGGAAAUGGUCGUGAACGACUUGGAGAGAAUCAGCAACUCCUAUGAUCUGGAUCUUUCGAUUCAGUGCUGGAGCACUUGCAGUCACGCCGGAGGUCCGGAGUUCGCCAAGCUGAUGCGCGAAUAUUACCAGAUCAUUGAUCGCCGGCAACCUUUUUGAAGACAUUUUGAAACGAUGUUAAGUCCUUUGACGGGUAUCCCAAUAGGGUUCAUUACAUGUUAAUCCACUAGUUUAAAAAAAAAACUUAAAGCUUUGAAUUUGAUGUUAGUUUUAUUUGAAAAAUGGUUUUUUAGUUUGUAUUUGUUACCGCCUGUU